AUGGCCACUCCAUGGCACGCCGUCUGCGCCCGCCCCCCCACCGUGCCAUUCCCUCCCCUGUCCACGCUUCCUCUCCACACACAGCGCGUUGCAGGGCCAGACAGUGGCAGCAACAGUGGCAGGUGUGGUAAAGAGAAUAUGCCUGUCAAUACCGCAGCAGCCGCGGCAGGUCUCUCCCGCGUGCUCUCCGCCGUCGCUGCGCCAGUCCCUCCUCGCGGUGCCUCCCCCGCUGGCAGAGCAGCGCCUCAAGGCCGGGCUUUAGGAGCGCCCCAAGGGCAGGCUGUUCAGGCGCGCCCCGCGAGCUCAGGCACGGCAGCACGGAGGGCUGCGCCGUUCUCAGCGCCGUCACUCCCUGUCUGCACAUCCAAUCCCUUCUCCUCGCCCCCACUACCUUCAUCUCACCUUCCUUCUUCUCCCUCCGCCGUUCCUUGCCCUUCCUACCCGCUUCCAAUUCCUCACAGUUUCCCCGUGUCCCUCCUCCCCACCAUCCCUCCGCUUCAGCGUCAUCCCAGCCGUUUAUCGCGCUCCUCGCCGUGCCACUCCAUGCCGCCGGCCGCCCAAGUGAGCACCCACCCGCAGCACCCGUGCAUGCAGGCGCGCCGCAGUUCGUUCCAGGUUAGGGUCCUGGACGACCAUGCCAUUCAAUCCCCCACCUUCAUCCUUUUUCUUCCCCCACCUUUUCUUUCCCCCAUCUUCCCUUUCCUCCCCGUCUACCCCCCCUCCUUCCCUCCCCUCCCAUCGUCUUUCCUGUCCAUCCCAUCUCAAAUCCUUCCUACCUCUCCCUCCCUGUCAUCCUCCUUUUCUCCCUCGUCCCUCCCUUCCCAUCUCCAGGUCCUCCUCACACCAUCAUCCUCCCGUCUGCAUCCCUACAAUCCCAGCCAAACAGCAUAA